GGCUUCACUGGCUAAUUACUAGCAGUGUUCACCAAAAAGAUCCGACGAUGCGAUGAGCUCCCAGUUAUUUUUCGGCCGCCACCAACUCGCAUCAUUCUACUGGCUACUAGCUAGCUAGUACGGCUGUACUGGACGAUCGUAUUAGACAAGCAAUACAAUUGUGCUGUGGUGACUUGUCUACUUGGCAAGAGUGCAUUAAGUGAACAGAGCAGGGUCCUUUGCUCCGACACCCUUAGGUGGUCAUUGGUACUACUAUUCCCCGGUGCUCUAUUAUCGUCCACCACAAUCCAUCGUCCACCAUGUUAUCUUCCCCAACUUCUGGAAAGCGUACUUCUGGUGGCUUGCCAUCCCCUAGUGGGCGCGCUGCUCGUCUAGCUUCUGGCAGUGGACUUCCACCUCCACCCUCCAUGGCAACCACCAGUGGUGGCUCCAAAUCGUAUGCCCAGACCAUUUCUCAGAGCAUGACGAUUGAUGAAAUGCGAGAACUGCACCAUCGAGCAUUGCAGGAUGCCGAAGCCAAACGAACCGAGUUGCGGUUGGUGUUGGCGUCUCGCUAUCGCGAACUGGUUGGAUCCAGUGACGAAGUCUUGAAAAUGCGAGAGCGAUCGCAAGAAUUGCACGAAUUGGUUCAUGCAUUGCCUGGAUUGCUCACUACGCUGGUGCACGAAAAUGACAGCAUGACCCAACAAAUCCAGUCGAUUGCAGUCAAACAGAAACAAGAAGAGAGCAAAGAGGCGCCAGCAGCAGCCCCAGCCCUAUCCGAACAAGAAGCCUUGUCUCAAUUGAGGCGUCAAGUAUCGACGUUGCCGAGAAUUGUCCAUCGAGCCUUGGAUCAGCAAAAUUUGCAUGGCGCUGCCUUGAAUUUAAUUCAUUUCUUUACUCUCGUGGCAAAUCAGACCGAUGCCUAUCCAUUGGCAGCUGCAUUGGCAAAAUCGACAACAGUUACUACUGUGACACCCAAAUUCCAAGAUGCUGCUCUGGCCGCCCAAAUGAAAAUGACAUUUCUCCACGUCCAAACCAUUCCCGAUAAAAUUGCUCGGUUGGCACAACAAAUGUUGCAAGGCGCGGCAUCGUACGGACCGCUAUUGGCUGUGUCGUCCAACAAUAACAGAAAGAGCCAACCUCCCAUUUUCGGAGCGCAGUGGUCGGCGGCAGCUUUGUCCGCUCUCGACUUGUUGGACCGAACUGCUGCAGGACCAGCGCAACGGGCAUCCAAGUUGUUGGAUUUGUAUUAUGAUUCCAAGGCCAAAUUGUUGCAGUCUCUAUUGGAUCAGUUGAACACAUCCACCACCGAUACCAGUACGGAUGCCGAUUCGGCAGCCCCCGACAAUGCCGAAGAAAUAUUGUCCAAAAUCCUGCUCAUUCUGCAAUAUGACAUUAUCUUGCAUCCAUACCAAAUAUUUGUCUUGCGCAACUUUCCCGUCUCCGACAAAGCGCCGGCCACCGCCAGUGCCAUUGUGGCAUCUCUGCCAUUCUUUGAUAUCGCCAUGGCCAAGUCCAAGUGUUCCCAUUUCUUGGCGCAACAUUUGCCUCUUUUGCGCACCAAGGUCAAAUCCAUUCUAGUCAGCAUUGCCGGGACUACCGCCAGUGCCCUGGGGAAAAUGAGACAGUCACUCUACGACAAGACCGAUGGAGCCGAUUGCAUGGCGUUAUUGAAAGAUGUCGAAACCAAUUUGUGCUCCUGGGAUGACGCACUCGUCAGUCUGGUAGAUAUACCCACUGUGGCGGCUGGUGGAGGCAUGCCUCUGGUGCCACCCGCCGGUGAGGGCCCAAAGUUUUCGCUCUGGAGUGCGCUUUUCAGCAACACAUUUUCCAGUUUGGUGCACAACAUUUUGACGACAUCCUUUCAAUCGGUACACACCAAGGUCGUCUCGACCUUGCGAACCUCCUUGGCCAAUGCUCCACCAUUGGAAGCCAUGUUGCCACAUGAAGCCUACCGCAAUACGCUCAAGAUCGCCACGGAUCUGGAUAAGGCUCUAUGGAAUGUCCGCAAGGAUGCCCAUGAAUUGCUUGUCCAUGCAGAAGAACGGGAAGAAUCGGAAAGGCGUCUCCGAUUGUCGUUGUAUGUGCAGACGUGUGAAAUUAUGGGGCGGUUGGUGUGUGAAUUGCGUCGAAUGGUUUUGUUGACAUCUUCGUCCUCUAUGGAAAAGACCAGUGCAGAUGCCGUUCAGGAGCUCAUCGUCGGACGUUUGUGCUAUCUCUUGAAGUUCCGCUUGACGUCUCUGCCCACCCUGCUGGAUCCUCAAUCAGCACCAUCCAGUGCUACGGCUGGUGGUGCUGCCAACAGUACUGGUAUGAUCAACCGCUUUGAAUUGCAGUCCGCCUUUGAGUUGGCCGAUGACAAUGAUGAUGGAUUGAUCACAUUUACCGAAGCCAUGGAAGCAGUCGAGAGUGCCUUUUCGGGAACACCCUUUCACGGAGCGGAGAUGGUCAAGGAGACACUGCUGUUGGGAGCGGAAUACGAUAUUCAACAGCAGCAAAUUCCACAGUCGUCGUCGGAUUUAGCCGCUGCAUCGUCCUAUGACAGCUCAAAUGCGAGUGUUCCCCUUUCUUCGUCCAUGGAUGCGCCCGCUAAUGUGACCAUCAGCGAAUUGGCGCUCUUGACGGCACGAGGAUUGCGUCAUGACAACGCUGGCACCAACAGUGCAUUAGGUACUGUCCAGCAGGCCCUAGAUGACAUUGUGGAAAACUGCUUUUUGGGUUGGGCCAAGGCGUCCCUGCGUCCUUCAGUGGAAAAGCUGUCUGCCCGAAUCACCAAUUUCUACGAAGUUGCCUCUACUACGACAGAUGACGAAUGGAAUCGCCUGUACAACACAGGAGCCUCUCCAGGGUCCAAUGGAGCAAUCGAGAAAGUGUCCCCGAUGGUCGUCGGGUACAUUUUGGAUGUGUCAUCCGUGUUGAACGGGACCAUCUUCCCCACCGAUUCCCUUCUUCCGGUUCCUUCGAUGGAGUAUGCAACUUCUCUUGGCAUUGUUGUGGAUGCCUCUGAUCCAGAGGGAGGCAAGAUUCCCACAAUGAAGGACACCAUCCGUUGGUCGCUGGUGCGCCAGUCGUUGGCCCUUGUAGUCGCAGCAUACCAGGAUGCACAAAAAGAGCACGAUUUUCGCCAGAGCGAAACAGAUGACAACAACAAGAAGAAGUACAAGAACCCGCCGGUGUCGUCCUUGCUACAGCUCAAAGCGGAUCUUUCAUUCGUAAAAACAUGCUACUUUGAACGUUUGGAGCGCGACCUUGCGGCAAUCUUUGAACAGCGACAAGCCAGGGAAGAUAUCCUAGGAAACUCCAAAAAUUCCCUGGAAGAAUUACUGGGUGAUACUGAUCGGAAGCUCACUCCAUUCCCAAGGGCAGGGGCCGUUGCCAAAACCAUCCCAGAGAAGCAUCAACGUGCACUGGAGGCUAUCGAUUUGUUCCUUACUUCGUUGUUGGGACGAGCAAGUGAUGCUGCGUCAAGCUCAACCGACGUUCCAUCAGCCGACUUGGGCACCACUGCAUCUAACGCCACGCCUUGGAUCAACAAUCCAUUGCCGUCGUCGCGUCGAUUCGCCCUGCUGCCUGUGCAAUCCGACCGUGGUCUCACCGAGAUGCAGCUGCGAAAGUACGGAAAGAAGAAUGCGCAAGAAAACGAAAGUGACGAGCAAGGAUUCUCCACUGGUAUGGGAGGCCUACAGAAAGGUUUGGGAUUCUUGUUCGGAAGGUCGUAGACGACAAAACUACAGCAAAGCGAGCGACGAUGCGGGCUUCUUUCAUCGUUGUCAGAAGAGCACAGAUUAGGAGGAUUCGAAACUUUAAAUUAAUGAAACAAAACAUGGACUCUUCACUAAUAAAACACACGCAUCAAAACAUGCAAGUUUGCUCUGUUCGUUGCCG